AUCAUCUCCUAAAUUUUUACCACAAGUUAAUUGAUGGAACCCGUUUGGAGUAGUCGCUUUUUCUUCUGUUAUGCAAUUUCAAUAUUAUCACUCUCUAUUGUUUGUCUAGAAGCAAAGAGAGUAGGAUUUAGUGUUGAACUAAUUCAUCGUGACUCCCCAAAGUCUCCCUUUUACAACCCUAAACUUACUCCCUAUGAAAAAGUCUUCAAUGCCUUGCGUCGUUCUUUCAAUAAUGUCAACCAAUUCAACCCAAAUGCAUCACAAGCUGAUAUAAUCGCCGACAGGGGUUCCUAUCUUAUGAAUAUUUCAAUUGGUUCCCCACCUUUCCCGAUUCUGGCCAUUGCCGAUACUGGUAGUGAUCUUAUAUGGACACAAUGCAAACCUUGCACUGAGUGUUUCUCCCAAAAAGCUCCUCUUUUCGACCCCAGCAAAUCCUCUACUUUCAAAAAACUUUCUUGCUCCUCAAACCAAUGUAAUGACCUUGAGCGUUCCUCUUGCUCCGACGACCAAACUUGCCUAUAUUCUAUCUCUUAUGGUGACAGUUCCUUCUCAAAUGGCGAUCUUGCUAUCGAUACUGUUACUUUGGGCUCAACGUCUGGAAGUCCUGUCCCUCUGACUGAAAUCGUCAUCGGUUGUGGACACCAAAAUGCUGGUACUUUUGAUGAUAAAACAUCUGGCAUAGUCGGCCUUGGAGGCGGUGAGGUUUCUCUUGUUAAACAAUUGGGUGAUUCAAUCGGUGGCAAAUUCUCUUACUGUUUGAUUCCAUUGUCAUCCUCAUUAUCAAAGAAUAAUACUUCAAGCAAACUUAAUUUUGGUAGCAAUGGAGUUGUUUCAGGUUCCGGUGUUGUUUCAACUCCUUUGAUUUCUAAAGGCACUUUCUACUAUCUCACACUUGAAGCAAUCAGUGUAGGCAACAAAAGAAUUAGCUUUGUUGAUUCUUCAUCUUCAGAGGGUAAUAUUAUAAUUGAUUCAGGGACUACAUUGACCUAUUUGCCGGAGUUCCUUAACUCUAAAUUGAUCUCAGCUGUGUCAGAUGCCAUUGAUGCUAAACCUGUAAACGACCCUAGCGGCCUACUCGAUUUGUGCUACAUUUUUAGACCUGAUUUUGAAGUUCCAGAGAUUACAGCACAUUUUAGUGGGGCGGAUGUGAAGUUGAGUCCUUUGAAUACAUUCGUCAGGAUUAGUGAGGAGCUUGUUUGUUUCACGUUUAAGGGUGCGCAAGACGUCUCAAUUUACGGUAACUUGGCGCAGACCAAUUUCUUGGUUGGGUAUGAUACAGAGAAAAACACUGUAUCUUUUAAACGAGCUGAUUGCGCCAAGGCUUGAUGUGCUAUGUUAAAAAAUUGUUUUACUAGAAACUAUCAAUAAAAA